AUGGACGACCCUUCCAACCCCUUCCAUGUCCCCUCUUCCGCUUCAUCCUCAUCCUCCUCAGCUCCCACCACUCUAAGACCUAAAAACCAAUUACUCAGCAAAAUCGGUCAACCCUCAAGCUCAUCCCCCCGUACGGAACUCAACAACCGUAAGCGAUUUGGCGGGCUGUUCGCGAGUUUUGGACUAGGCAAUGGUACUGGAUCACCCCUUAGAGCACCUCUCGGUACACCUGUCAGAUCAAGAAGAACUCAUGAAAGCUUCCAGCCGGGUGACGAUGAGCAGGAAGACACCGAUAGAAAAGGAGUGGUAGGAGGGGUAUGGAGUUUCGCAGAGAGGAUGAAAGAGUUGACAUUGACUGUUGGAAGUCCCGCUAGAAGUAAAGAUAAGGAGAAGGCUCGGGAGGAUACAGAUGAAUGGGAUGGGAAGGGUUUGAUGGGAUUACCUGAUGAGAUUCUUCUUCAUAUCCUACUUCAACUUCCUCCCACCCUCUCUCAACUGCAUUCCAUCUCCCAGAUCUCAACCCGAUUCUACGACCUCUCCCGCACACCUGUACUAUGGUUACGGAUAUUCCACGAAGCGGGAUUCGAGCUCAACGAACAUGCUCAGAAAAAUGGAGUGGCAGUGGAAUAUCCUCCAGAGGGACAUUGGAGUGGUAUGGAAUGGAUACAACCCGGACCUCAGUUGGAAGGAAGUCCGCAUGAUUCAAGUUCAAACGAAUCACCUGAGGAAUUUUCAAGUGAUGACACUGAGGAAGAUGUCGCGGACGAUAGUGACAGUAUAGCAAUACAUUAUCCUACUCUUAUCCAAUCCCGAUACAAUCUCCAGCAACUCAUCCUUGACUCCGAUCACCUACCUCACCCCACGAUAUUGCAAGGACACAAGGAUGUAGUCUACUGUCUGGCUCAAUGGGGAAACUACCUAUUUACAGGAUCAAGAGAUCGAUCAAUAAGAAUAUACGAUCUAUAUACGGGAGAAUGUAUAUGGGUAGAAAAUGAUGCUCAUGGACGGAGUGUAUUAUGUUUAGAUCUCGACAUAGAUGAAGAUGGGAAAGGGACUUUGGUAUCUGGUUCAUCAGAUAUGACUAUUGGUAUAUACACUAUAGACCUACCACCAUCCUCCUCUUCUUCUUCAUCGACUCCGACUUCUGUGGUAGUGGGAAAGAGGGUGGGAACGAUACGAUGUGAAAGUUCGAUAUUGUCUGUCGCAGUCACAUCUCAACAUAUAAUCUCGGCCAAUAAAGAUAGCAAGAUCCACAUAUAUGAUAGGAAGACUUAUGAUCUGGUAAGAACACUGGAAGGUCACACACAACCCAUCAAUUCGAUAUCGCUCUCGCCGAGAAAGGAUAAACUGGUAUCGGGAAGUGGCGAUGGAUCUUGGAAGAUAUGGGAUAUAACUACAGGACUUGAAGAGAGUGAGGGACUGGGAGGGAGAGGUGUAGCUUGUGUGGAAUGGGAUCACGAUUACAUCGUAACAGGAGAUGGAGAUAAUAUAGUAAAAUUAUAUUCGUACACGACUGGCCAAUUGAUCUGUACUUUACAAGGUCACACAGAUCUAGUGAGAAGUGUCACCAUAAGUAAGAGUGCUGGUGUAGUAGUCAGUGCAAGUUACGACAAGUCCAUAAGGAUAUGGGAUAUCAAGACUGGUAGAUUGAUAAAGAUCAUUAAUGAAGAUAGAUCAAGUUUGGUAUUUGAUCUGAAAAUGAUAUCUCACAAGAUCAUAGCUGCAAGACAAGAUGGGACGAUACAUGUUUUCGCUUUUGGUGAUCAUUUACCUUAUGUCGAUUUAUUUGCUUGA